AAUGGCGAUGAUGGCGAUGGCGGCUUUACUCACCAUAACUUGUCAACAAUACAUAUUAUCGUAACUACUUAUUUUUUCAUGUGUUAUACAGCAAAAUAAUAUAUCAGGAUGUCUUCAAUAGAGCCUUCACAGAACAAAACAUGGGAACUAUCACUUUAUGAAUUACAUCGCACACCACAGGAAGUAAUCACAGAUGCCACGGAGAUUGCUGUCUCCCCACGAAGUUUGCACAGUGAAUUGAUGUGUCCAAUUUGCUUGGAUAUGCUAAAAAAGACCAUGACUACAAAAGAAUGUCUUCAUAGAUUCUGUUCAGAUUGCAUAAUUACAGCGCUGCGAUCUGGAAACAAAGAAUGCCCGACUUGUCGAAAGAAGUUAGUGUCUAAACGAUCUCUGAGACCCGACCCAAAUUUCGAUUUACUGAUAUCCAAGAUUUAUCCUAGUAGAGAUGAAUAUGAAGCUCAUCAAGAACGAGUCCUGGCUAAAAUUAAUAUGUCCCAUUCGCAGGCAUCUCUUGUUAAUUCCAUCACAGAAGGUAUUAAAUUGCAGUCUCAAAAUAGGCCUCAGAGGUCAAGAAAAACGCUAGAGGAAGGUGGUCAAAAUAACAUAGCAAACCCAAAUGGAAACUCUGAAACAUCCCAAAAUGGAAGCAGUGCACCUUUAAGUAGAGAGAGCUCUUCAUCAACAGGAAACCCCACUCCAUCUGGACAGUCCACCUCGAACCCUGCCUCUGUGCGAAGCACUCCAUCUCCAGUGCCGUCCAAUGUGAGUUCGGUAUCAAAAAACACGAGCAUAACUAAGCACACAAAGUCUAUUCUGACUUCAGAGAGGAGUGAGGAAAGUGAAUCUAGUGAUGGCAGAACUGAGGGUGAGUCAAUGGAUACGGAAGGUGAAGGAGAGCCCUUAAAUCCAAAUGAAAUAGAGCUUGUGUUUAAACCACACCCCACAGAAAUGACUGGUGAUAACCAACUGAUGAGAGCUCUGAGGGAUAGUUCUGUUAGGUACCUGAAGACAACUGCUAAUGCCUCGGUUGACCAUCUUAGCAAAUAUUUGGCAAUGCGCUUAACAUUGGACUUGGAUGCUGAGCUGCCAGAAGCAUACCGCCUACUAAAUUUCUGCAUUUAUGUAGUUCCUUCCCCGGGUCAGUUUGUACCAUUAGCAGGCUCUCAAACUUUGAGGCAAAUCAAUGAUAAAUAUUGGAAGGUCAAUAAGCCUCUGGAAAUGUAUUACUCAUGGAAGAAAACUUAGGGAGUAGUGUAGACUUUAGUUAGAUGAAGAUAACUGAAGUGCAUGUAAUUUAUUGACGGGGGAACAAUACUUUUGUUCUCAGUGUGAUCUGGACAUAAUACCAAGUGUAUAUAUUUUAUGAAUGUGACGAAAUUAAGAGUAUUUCAAUACUGUUUUUAAUUAUUAUAUCUAAGAUGAAAUUAAAUGAAAAAUUAUAUUUUAAGAUAGUACAUGGUAUAUCAUCAUUUAAA